CUCAAUGAAAAUGGUCUGCAAGCCGCGCAUGCGCUUGAGCCCAGAAACCGAAGAACCGAGCCAAAACCGAAACCGAAACCGUUACAGAAGCCAAGCGCCAGUCGCAGUCGCAGUCGCGUGUUCGCGUUUUGCUUCGAUUUAAUUUCGGUUGUUAUCUCUCUCUCUCUCUCUCUCUCUGUCUGUUUUUUUUUUAACUGUGUGCUGUGUGUGCAUUGAAAGUUUGACGCCUCUAAGAGUUGUGAAAAAGCGACUUAAAUCGAUUUAAAAUUUGGAUUUUCGAGUGCGCCGGCGAACGUAAGCGUUCGAAAAUUGAAAAUUCUGCAGUCUUAAGCUGCCCCACCACCAGGAUGCAUCGUGUGUGCCUGGCGCUGAUCGCCCUCCUUCAGCUGGGGGGCGUGGCGCGGGCCUUGCCCACCAUUCAGGGCGGCACUGCGAGGCAGCAGCUGGACAAGAGCUUCUUCCAGCCGCCGGAGAUCGAGCAGACGAUCGACGAAGUGCAGAAGAUCCUGGCCAACGAUCCGGCCUUGCCUAGGCUAACGCGUGGCGAGAUCGAGGAGCUGUACGAGAAGGUGACCCGCGAGGAGUACGAGAAGAGUCUGGAGGCGGGCGAUAUGAGCCGGGCGGACAGCAUGCGCGCCCUCAUGCUCGUCCUGCCCUUCAACACGGACAACAACACGGAGGAGAACCUCCAGGAGCUGUACACGCGGCCGCCGGUGACCCGCGUCAUCGAUGCCUACACUCCGCCGGAUCCCGUCAAGUUCCUCACCGCGGAUCCCAGUGCUCUGCCGCGGAGCACGGUGCCGGGCGGCAAUCCUGCAGUGGCGGCCACCACCUACAAGCCAGCCUUCGGCCUGCUUCCGCUUCCCCACCCAAAUCCCCUGCAGCAGCAGCAGCAGCAGUUCAGGCCCAUGCCGCAGGCCACAACCUAUCAUCCGCCAGCUCCGCCGCCGGUGGUUUACCAGGACUUCAAGCCGGUGACGGCAGAAUCAGCUCCAGCUGCAGCUCCACCUCCAGCUAAUCCCGCCGCUGCACCUCCAGCAGCUCGGUUCAGCUCGCAUUACAGUGCCAAGAACGCGCAGUUCCUGAGGAAGCCAAAGCCGCCCACCAGCACGGUUAAGCCGGUGGCCGACAUCCUCGAGAGCCUGGGCAUCGUGUCGGGCGGGAAGAGCGACUCCGCCCACAAGCGGUACGCCCUGGACGACUACUACCCGGCGGAGAGUGCGCCGCAGCCGUCGGUGGUGGCGGUGGCCGACCUGCGGGGCCUCCAGGGAGCCCGCAUCCGCCCGGAGGCCUACUCCAACUUCAAGCCCCUGAACAUUGGCGAGGAGCUGCGGGUGAAGCCGGAGGUCGAGGGCUACCUCACCCGGUUCGGCAUAGUGAAGAAGGCACCCAAGGCGCUCAAGAAGGAGGGAGGACUGGCCAAGCCCACGGAGGAGCCCGCCGGUGCCCACACGGAGUUGUCCACGGCGACGGCAAGGUUGCCAGGUGCCCAGGGAAACGCGGAGUUGGCCAAGCUGCUGGAGAACCUGCAGGAGUUGGAGCGACUGCAGUCGCAACCGAGGAGAAAACCUUCGCCGAGCAGCACAACCAGCACCACUAGCACCACGACGAGCACCACCACCAGCACCACUACGACCACGCCGGCUCCACUGCCACUUAUCACGCACGGAGAACCCCUGCUGAUCGAGGCCAAGAAGCCUCGCCGGCGAAUCGAUCCGAACAUCGACCUCAACUUCGCCAAUGCGGGCAACCACCAGACGACGACCACCACCACCAACUCCGAUGAGUUGUCCAAGCUGCUGCAGAACCUCCAGGAGCUGGAGAAGCUCAAGAUCAAUCCGGAGAACGUCAUCAAGGCGGCCGGUCCGGGCGUCCAGUCCCUGAGCAGCCGAUUCACCACUAGCAGCACCACCAGCACCACUACGAGCACCACCACCACUCCAUCGCCAGUGCAAAAGGAGGCGCGCGAACUGCAGCGGAUCCUCAAGCAGCUGCAGCAGUUGGAGCAGUCCAGCAGGACGACGACGAGCACCACCAGCACCACCGCGAAGCCCUCGAGGAAUCAGGGAUUGGGACUGGGCCUCGGAUUGGGUCAGGGCAACUCACUAGGGGCAGCCGAUCUCCUCCAGCUGCAACGCCUCUUGAGCGACGAUCGUGAGCUGGAGAAGCUGUACGAGCAGGCCAGGAACGGCAAGAAGAAGCAGCAACCGAAAACGACCACCAGCUCCACUUCGACCAGCACUUCAACGACGACGAGCACGACGACAACCACGCCCAGACCAACGCCAUCGGUGGAUCACGCUCAGUUCGAGGCUCUGAUCACCCGAGUCCAGCAGUUGGAGCAGCUGCAGCAGCCCACGACGCCGCCCAACUUCCUUACCAGGAACGUAGCUGUGGGCUCCAGGGCGCCGGGCUACAGCCUGCCCAGCAACGACUUUGCCCACUUGCAGGGCCUCUCGCCCACCGCCACGCCCUUCGCCGCUUCGGGCGGGGGAGCCGUGGAGAUCUCGACGGCGGCCACCACCAGCAAGCAGCGACCGCUGAACCACUUCGAGCGGAGCAACGGACUGGUCCAGGAGGAGGUGCACCCGCAGGACUACGUGCAGCUGCAGAAGCUGCUGAGCAAGGUGCAGGAGCUGGAACGGGUGCAGCUGCAAACGGAUCACGUGACCCGCUCCCAACUGGUCACCGCCGCCUCGGUGCGCAGUCCCCAUGUGAAGACCCUCAACGGGGCCCACAUCGUCUACGCCCAGCCGGCCAAGGAGCAGGAUUUAGAGCCGGAGCCGGAGCUCAAGCUGGAUCUGCCGGUUUACCAGAAGCCCUUGGCCACCUUGGCACCGCAACCCGCGCAAUCCUCCAGCGAGGAGCUGCGGGAACUGGCCAUGAGCCAGCCCGCCCAUCCAGCGCAGCACGGAUCCUCACCGGACUUCGGUCAGUUCCAGCAGUUCCAGCAGUUCUUCGGAAGUCUGGAGGACACCGGCGAACGGCAGAGCUACCAGCACAUGCAGCCCAUCUACAAGACGGUGCAGACCCAGCCGCCGACCACGCCGGCCGCCCCUCGAUUUGUGCCCGCCAGGAGGCCGCCUGCCACGCCCACCACACCCAGUUCGUCGGGUCCCAGGAAGGCGGAUCUCGAGGAGCUGCAGAAGCUGCUGUACAACACCCAGCAACUGCAGAAACUGGGCGUGGCCCUGCCGCACGAACUGUCGCAGCAGUUGGAGAGCCAGCUGCAGGCCACCUCAACCUCCACGUCCUCCACUUCGACCACCACCAGCACCACCACCCAGGCCCCUGUCCAGGUGCACGACACCUCCUCGCCGGCGGUCUUCUCGCUCACCACCAGCCGACCCAGGGUGCGGCCCAUCGCCUCGGAGAGCAAGCCCACCACGGAGAGCAGUGUGCAGCUGCCCGUCUUCAGUGCCACGAAGAUCAUCGAGGCGGCCAUCAAGCGGGCGGCCAAUCGGAUUGGCGUGAGCACCGAACUGGCGCCCAAGCAAGGGCUGCCCGUCGGAGUGGUCAGGGGACUGGGGGGCAGUGGAUUCCGUCGGCGCAGCGACGAGGGCGAGGCAGAGGACAUGGACGAAGGCGAAGCGCGGGAGGGUGAGCUGGAUGGAGAUCUCAUGGCGGAGUUUAGCGAGCUAAACUACCAGCUGGCCAAGCCGGAGCCAGAGUCGGAGUCGGAGAUGUCCAAGAAUAAGAGGGAAGACUCCAACAGCAACCUCAGUGAGCUGCAGCGCCUGAUCAGCAAUCUGCAGGAGCUGCAGCAGCUCAACGUGAGUCUGGAUAAGGUGGCUACACCGCAGUCCAUUCAGCAGAGUACCAACCCAGAUGUGGCCUACCUGCAGUCCCUGCAGAAUGGCCAGGAAGAAACCCUGAAAGCGAGACGCCAGAGCGAGGGAAAUGCCACCACCACCACCACAGAGGGAAGCAAGAAGGAUAACGAGGAGGAGGAAGCACCUUCAACCACCCAAUCCCCUACCAAAAUCAGCCUGAGUCUAGGCUUGGACGACCCCGAUGGCGACCUCAAGGGAGCAGCCGAGGAGGGAGAGGAGGGUUCAAGUAGCACGAGUACCACCAGCACAACCACAGAGGAAUCCCGGAACGGCUCCUUGGACGACCUAGCCGACUCCUUCGGACCAGAUCCCGUCAGCGAGGAGCCACCGCCGCCGAAGAAGAAGAACGGCUUCUACUUCCUGGCCGACUGGAACUCGUUCCUCGAAGUGGGCGCCGGCGAUGACCAGGUGGUGGUGCGACUGAGCCCCAAGAUCGGCGAUCCGCGCCUCUUCCUGCCCGUGAAGAUUCCCUAGUAGGCGGUAUCCUAUCGUUGGGCCGGGUUAGCUGUAAAUAUGUUUCACCCCUACCUCCUUCUGCUCUUCCAGCCCCUUUUUAUCGUGUUGUGUGUGUAUUUAUUGUAGUCACUGUCAGUCCUCCCAAUCUGUUUCCCCUCGAAUAAGGAAUAAGGAAUAAGCAAUUCCGCAUUCGGGAUCCUCGAUCCGGAACUCCGUAGUUGUAAGUCGGGCCUAGGCUGUAAGAGUCAAUCACCCAGAUCAUGGUCAAGCUAUAGGCUCUGGUGAACGCUAUAUCCAUGAAAUAAAGAUACGUCGAUGUAGUCAAGAGA